AGCACCACCACGGUCACCGGGGGAACGCGCGGCUGUCCCGGGAAAUGGAGGCAGGGUUGGAGGAGGCGGAGCGCUGUCUCGAAGCGGCGCAGCGUUGCUUAAAGUGCGGUGAGCAGGAGGAGGCCCUGCGGUACCUGUACCGGGCGCAGCAAAGCUAUCCCACCCAGCGGGCUAAAGCACUAAUCCAACUAAUUGUUAGAAAUGGAAGCUCAUUUGGUUGGAACUGUGACCAAGAUGCAAAUAACGUGGCAUGCAAAUCCAGUAGAUUGAAAAGAUGUGUGAAUUCACCUGCAGGAAUCGGUGAAGUUGCCAAGAGUUACACUCAAGAGCAGCUGGAGGGUGUACAGAGGAUAAAAAGAUGUAAGAAUUACUAUGAAAUUCUGGGACUUAGUAGAAAUGCAGAUGAAGAAGAUUUAAAAAGAUCCUACAGGAAGCUGGCAUUAAAGUUUCAUCCAGAUAAAAACUGUGCUCCUGGUGCGACAGAUGCAUUUAAAGCAAUAGGAAACGCAUAUGCUAUUCUGAGCAACCCAGAAAAAAGAAAACAAUAUGAUGAAUAUGGAGAGGAGCCACCAACUGUCCGUAGUCCUUAUGCCAGUGGUUCAAAGUUUUAUAGUGAAUUUGAAGCAGAUGUAACACCUGAAGAUUUGUUCAACAUCUUCUUUGGUGGACGAUUCCCCACAGGUAAUAUUCAUGCCUAUACAAACGGAAAAACAACAUACACCCAUAUUUACCGCCGGCGUCACUAUAUGAAUGACCAGGUGGAAGAGGAAGAACAGGAGGCUAGAUCUCAGGGAACAUUUUCGGUAUUUUUGCAGCUGUUGCCAAUAUUUGUAUUAGUUCUUGUGUCACUUGUAGCCCAAUUGACAGUGACCAAUCCUCCUUACAGUCUUUACUACAAACCGUCGUUGGGCCAUAUUCUAUCCAGAGAAACUGAACGUUUUAAAGUAGAAUAUUUUGUUGACAAAAGAUUUGAGGAGGACUACCAAGGAGUUGCCCUGCAAAACAUGGAAAAUAAUGUUGAGAAGGACUACAUUGACCACCUUCAAAAUAGCUGCUGGAAGGAGAAACAGCAAAAAACUGAUCUGCAGAAUUUGGCCACUUUAUACAGGGAUGAGCGCCUAAAGCAAAAAGCUGAGUCUCUUAAGACUGAGAACUGUGAAAAAUUGUCCAGGCUCAUUGAACUUCAGAGGGGUGGAUGACAGCAAUUGUAGCUUCAUAUCGCAAAGCAUGGAAUCAAAUCAAUUAAGAAGGCUCUAAACAGAGAUUUAAUAUCAGAUACAAACAUAAUUGCAACCUAAAUUCAUUUUUUGAACUGUUAUCUAGUCAUACAGCAUGGUUCUAAAAAUGAAAGUCAUCACUCUGUGUGAGAUUAUUGGCUAAAUUAAAUGGUUUCAUAGUAAGCACUACGGCUUUUCCUAAUCUUAGGUCAGUAUUUCCUUUUGGAUUUUUGCACACAAGGAAUAUUUAUGUAUUUACAUUAGAUGUAAAUUGUUUUAAGUCAUUUCUGUAAUUGUGUGUCUCACUCCAAUUCCAGACUCUCUGUUUAACAUUUUGAACAUGAAUAGUGUGGAUUUGCAGCACCUAUUUACUUGCUAGGUAUUGACUGAAAGGUAUUUUCAUUUUUUUAAUAAAUGGUUUAUUUGUAAUUAAAAUGCAGUACAUUAUUAAUAAGGUACUCUCCUAUUUGUCUACUUAUCAAUUUAAUCACCACAAACAUGUAGAAGUUGUCAUAUUUGAAGCUUUCCAAUUUUCUACUAAAAUGUUUUUAUUCCAUGGUUAUUAUCAUAAAGAAGGGUUGCACCAUGAAAAUUCUGAAUAGUGCAAAAAUGCCAUUUGAAGAACUGUAGUUUUUUUUUGGAUAUAGACUUUGCACCUUUUAGAAUAUGAUUAAUUAAAGUCAGUAAUUAUUGGGUUUGUGCCACUGAAUUAAAUGUUUAACAACAAAUUUCUAAAUAAAAAAUCUUUGAGAAGUUGAUUAGAUAUAGAACUUAUUUUAACAAAGACAAUAAAACGGAGCUACCAUUUCAGCAUUGAGGAGCCCUAUCCACAAAUUGCAUGCAGUAUACAAAUUAACAGUAUACUUGUUUGCAUUAAUAUCUUUUAUAAAUAUAGCUCCAGAUUUGUAACCGUUGCAGGAAUUGUGUAUGUUAUUAUUCAGUGGAGUAUUUAUUGAAAUGUAUCAUACUAAGCUAGUGAAAUUGCAUGUUGGAAAGUGUAAAUCAUUAAUUGAAUAAACCCCAAGUACAA